UGUUCCCGCGAUUGUUGUGAUUUGACUUCGAUUACAUUCGUACGAAAUCUAGUUAUUCUUGUUUCCGCUCAUGGAAUGUUAGUCAUAAUAAGCGAGAACUGAGCUAUCAGUGCUUGUGGCUACUUUGAAGAUUUGAUGAAAAAAUCAGUUUAAAGCGUUCGUCGGACGCAGCAAGAAGACGUCCCUGUUGGCGGGCAAAUCCCUGCAUGGUGGUCUGUAAUGCCAAUGACCAGAUCUGCUUCGACGUUUCCGAAAGGUGUGGGGAUGGCUCCCGAGAGGAUUUCAAAUGGAAUCGCAGGUAAGCGCCGUAGAAUUUCAAGUGCCGGCGAAAGGAACGGAGUCUGCAAGCCUGGGACAAGCCGGCAAAGGGCUAGUCUGCCCUCAACCAGUACAAAUGUGGGUGAAGAUGACCCGGAGGUGAAGGAAAUCAUUCGACAAAUGGAGGUAACGAGGCACAUCCUUGGAAUGGACUACAUAGACGUCGUCAACCGGUUCAAGCUCAGUUGGGUCCCGUACUGUGUCGCCGAUCAGCAAUAUUGUCGAUCCCACCAUCACCGCAGAUGUCCCCGCCCUAAAGUCGUCAACGAUUUGCAGAGUUCCUGUGUCGGCACCUUCUUGAAGCAAAAUCGGGUCAUGCACUAUCUCAGGUCCGUUCAGGACAUGUGCAUUCGAAUGGAGUUUCCGGGCGAGGAUGUGCUGAGGAAAAUUUUGGAAGCGAUUUUGAUCUCCAGAUCGGAUGGAAGUACAUAUUCCACAGAGUAUUUUUUGCAACAGUGCAUUGUUGUGGCGGAGACAAUAGUGUUGAAGUUCCCACCCUGCUGGCCAGAUAUCAAUCGUGCUUAUCGAGAUUUUCUGAAAACUAACUUGGAUUUAAAAAAACAUUACUAUUACGAUGGGGCUUCAGCGCAAAACAAUGUUUUCGCCUUCCUGUUGGAUGUUCUUUUGGAAACCAUUUUAACGCCGGAUGACAGGAGUAAAGCAAAUAAUGAUACCGAUGAAGAUGAUGAAAGUGAUGAGGAAGGCAUGGAUCACUUCAUACAACAUACGAGGGAAGAAAAGCUGGACCGGAUAUUCGUAGUGCUGAAUAUUUUAACUAAAAUUUUGGAAUAUGAUUUUCCCAUUUGGCUGCUAAGAUAUCCGACAAAGACAAAAGAAAAGAUGUUUUUGGAGAAUGCACCGCUCUUGGCUCAAGUCUUCUUCGAUGGAAGUUACAAUUUCAUGACGCGUACUGUGAAGAAGCUUUUGGAAGUGUUUGCGAUCAGCGUUUGCCAUCAUUAUCCUAGUGAUAAGGUUGACGUGCUAUCGCGUAUUGUUUCCCUACUUUCUCUCGCUGUUUCUUGUAUUGAAAGUCAACCUUAUGACCAAGUACUGCAUCCCAAUGUUGGCAGCAAUACCAAAACAUUCGUGGACAACAUUUUCAAAGCUGUCGUUGAUAGAUUCGGUUACAGAAUAGAUUAUCUCCUCAUUAUGGUCGACGCCAUUAAAAUUCCCUCCAUAAGAUACUUAUAUGUUGACUUUAUCUUGCGCAAAAUGAACGUUGACCGUGAAGAGAUGAAUGUAAAGAAGAUUCACACGUUAUUUGAAAGACAACGUUGGCGUUGCACGGAGGGUACAAGACAACGUGAGAGCACUUCAUCAGAUCAAAAAUACAGAAUAAUGCCACCAAAGAAAAACCAGCGUCCGAAGGCUAGUGAAAUAUACGCCCAAGAGUAUUUGGAGAUAGUCUUGAAAAGUCUUCAGGCGUACUGUGAAACGUUUCAAAUUCGUCGCGUUAUACGUGAAGUAUAUAUGAAUAAAAGUGACGUCCUAUCGUCAAAGAAAGUGAAAUGCAAAGAGGCCCAAAAAGUGAAACCAUUAAAACCAUUGGACCUGGACAAAAUUGAAGCUGAUAUCAAUAUUCUGGAGAAUCAGCUGAAACGCAAAGCAACGUUUGUGCCAAAGUCGCUGGAAGAGCAGACUUAUACCAAUAUCCACGUAGAUAGUGAGACCAUGUCGCGGUAUCGGGAAGAUGUCAAGUACCUUGGAAUUCUGCUGUGCACUGUAAAGAAGUUGCUGAACGAGGAAGGUCCUAUUUUUCAGGAUUUUUAUUGUUUUCUGAAUAAGAUGCUGAAUACUGAUGAUUGAUAAUUUAAGUUUACAUUAGAGUUUAAGUUUUUAUAAGAAGAAUAAAAGUUUUGU